AUGGUUAUAAAUGUCACUGUAAACCAGGUUGGACAGAUAAUAGUCCAAAUCGACAACGUGCACCUGGGCGUCGUUGUAAGAAAGUCAAAUAUAUGUGCCAAUAUUCAAUGUGCCAAAGAAGCGGAAUGUCGUGAGACACAACUUGGACCAGUUUGUGAAUGUUUCUCAGGUUAUGUGGAUAUUUCUCGACAACAUGGUAUGGCUGCAGGACAUGUUUGCCGAAAGGUAAUAAACGAAUGUGCAACCGGUAAACAUGAUUGCUCAUCAUCUGCAUCCUGUAUUGAUACAGCUGAUUUGUUUACUUGUCGUUGUCGUGAUGGAUAUCGUGAUGAAAGUCCUGAUAUUACCAAUCGUCCUGGACGUGUUUGUGUUAAAGCUUUUAUUCCGGAACCACCAGAAUGUGAUGUUAAUGAUCCAAUGAGUUGUGAUGCAAAAAAAAAGAAGUAUGUUUAUUUGUUAAUGGUACAUAUAAAUGUCAAUGUGCAACCGGAUAUGAUCGUUUACCGGAUGGUCGAUGCUGAUGGUUAUACUUGUCAGUGUAAAAAUGGUUUUGCGGAUUUAUCAUCACCAGAUAAACCAGGGCGCAUUUGUCGUACUCGAGUAAAUGAAUGCGCUGAACCACAGAAAUAUCAUGUUGAUUGUGAUCCUAAUGCUGUAUGUAUUGAUACGGAUGAAGACUAUACGUGCAGUUGUCGUCCUGGUUUUGCUGAUAUAUCCAAUUCAUUUGAACGUUUACCUGGUCGUCGUUGUGUUGAAGCAAUAAAUGAAUGCUUAGAUGCAUCAUUAAAUGAUUGUUCAGAGAAUGCUAUUUGUGAAGAUGCUAAAGAAGGAUAUAUUUGUACAUGUCGACAAGGUUUCGUUGAUGCAUCACAUAAUAUCACUCAUUAUCCAGGUCGAGUAUGUCAUAAGCCUAAACAAGAAAAGCUUAAUGAUAAUAAUUUAUCAAAGGGUUCAUUAAUUACUUGCAAUCCUGAUAAACCAAAAUGUGGUACCAAUGAAGUAUGUACGGAUCGUAAAGCACGUGGGAAAUUUGUUUGUGAUUGCGUUGAAAAUGCUUUCAGAUUUACAGAUAAUACAUGCCGAUUCUAUGCUGCUUGUGUUGGUGUAAAUGAUUGUGAUAAGAAUGCAGUUUGUGCUAAUGCAUUUGAUUCAUACAAAUGUCAAUGUCGUCCUGGAUUUAUUGAUAUUUCACCGGAUCCAGAAGGAAAACCAGGCAGAAUUUGUAAAGAAU